CUUUCGCAUUGUUGCGUUUGGCGCGAAAGUUACGCGAGGAAAUAGAGACGAUCGCCAACUAGAGGAAGGACGCAGCGACGCGAGAUGUCGUCACUCGACGAGUUCCAGAAGGCCAUGCACGACAUCUACAAGUACUCGCCCCUCAUCGGCCUGGAAGGCCAGGGGUUGCUGCAGAGCUGGGUGCAGCGGCUGGUGGCGGCGGGCGCGGGGAACGACCAGGACGUGCAGAGGGGCCUGGACUACGCGCGCUACCUCGCCUACCAGCUGGAGAGGGCGCAGCUGCGCUUCCCCUUCUCGCAGCCACCCCCCGAGGACGCGCUGCCCGACCUCAAGGAAGUGCUUUUCGGGUCGGGCGCCGUCGCGGACUCCCUCAGCUUGCCCUUCGGGUCCUUCGCCGACGACAGCUUGGACCAGAGAUCCAGGGGCUCCAGGGCGGGCACGGCCCCGGCUGGACACAAGGACUACAGCCUCGACACCAGCCUCGCCCUGCGCAGCACGGCGGGGCGCGGACGGCCCCAGCACGACGGGGCAACGGGCAGCCCCAGGAGGGAGGCCGCCGUCGACCCGAAAUGCGAACGUGACAUUGUGGCUCAGCUGGAGGACCUGGCCCAGGACGCGCCGCUGUGGCUGCUGCUGACCAGGCUGUGCCCGCACACCCUGGACGGGGGCGCCCUGCUGCACGCCGUGGUGGCCGAGGAGCUGGCCGAGUGGUCGGCUCGCCUCGCCGCCGAGCAGACGGUGGCCAGGACGGCCAGAACCUCGGGCGCGGGGACGCCCAUGCAGGCCGCCGUCGUGGACGAAGAGGACGAGGAGUGGGGGCCGCGGGCAAACCGCCGCGCGGAUUACUGGCACGAGAUUGUGGAAGCCGAGGGACGCCUUGGCAGUGACGUUCGCUCGGCCGAGGAGAUAACGGCCGAAAUGGAGCAUUGGCUCAAUCUCCAGAGCAGGCAGAUGCAGGCUGAGCAGGCUCAGCUACAGGCCUUGAUGGAGGAGCUUCAGGGAAUACAACGACAGGUGACGCAGAGUAAAAAGUGGAGGGAAUCCCAAUUUGAAAUGCAGAAUCGUGUGCUAGAGGCUGAAGUGGCAGCCCUGAAACAAAGCAUUGCUGAAAGUUCUACAAAAGUGAGGGCACUGAAGGGAAACUGGCAAGAAUCCAGUACUUCUCCUGGGGCUCAGAAACGAUUGUCCAUAAGCCAUGACAGCUUGAAUGCAUCAGCUCAAUCACAGUGACUGGUUCUAAAUAAAGACAAC